UUUACUUUUGGACUUCCCCCACGCAACUCCAGAAUCCAGAAGCACACAGUGACACCGCGAAGGGUGAUAGAGAUAGAGAGAGCACAGAGGGGACAGUUGCAGAGGAGAUGGAGAGGAAGGUUUUACUGGUUUGUCUUUCAGUGGGUUUUCUGGGGCUCUUAACAGCUGCUUUGGGGUUCGCUGCCGAGGCUAAGAGGAUCAAGGGUUCUCAAGUUCAAGUUACUGCUCCUGAUAUGUGUGUGUAUCCAAGGAGCCCAGCCAUGGCCCUUGGACUUAUUGCAUGUGUAUCCCUUAUGACUGCACAGUUUAUUAUCAAUGUUGUAGCUGGGUGCAUUUGUUGCAGAACUUCUCAUGCUUCAACAUCCAAUUGGACUGUGGCUUUAGUCUGCUUUGUUGUUUCCUGGUUCACAUUCGUCAUAGCAUUUCUAUUACUGCUAACGGGGGCUGCAUUGAAUGAUCAACAUGGUGAAGAGGGAAUGUACUUUGGCAGCUACUGCUAUGUGGUAAAGCCUGGGGUCUUCGCAGGAGGAGCUAUCUUGUCACUGGCAAGUGUUACCCUUGGAAUCCUUUAUUACCUCACCAUAAUAUCUGAAAAGAACAGGACUGAGGCAUGGGGGGGCUCUCCCCAUCCUAAUCAAGGAGGCAUUGCUAUGGGACAUCCUCAGUUCCCAACUCAGACAACCCAAGAACCAGUCUUUGUGCACGAGGAUACAUAUAACAGGCGGCAAUUCCCUUGAUGUCUAGAUGAAAAAUUCACCCCCAAGCACCAAUUCUUAGCUAGUUCUGUUAUUGGGUUAGCUAGUGUUGUUGAAUCUGUAUAGCCAACAAUUUAUGCAUCAAUGUGUACAUCAAAUGUCAGGAGACGAUUACUUUGGGGGAUCUUCUCCCUCCAUGUGCUAUGCCCAGUAAGAUCAGCUCUUUUUUUUGGGUUGAGUUAGGAUUACAGAUAUGGAUAAAUACCUCACUUUAUUUUCUUUUUUCUUUUUCUUGUUGCAACCUCAGCUUUAUUGUAAUACACUGUACCUUUUCAUUAUUGGUGACUAAUAUAAAGAAAUAUAGAUAAGCACCAAGAUCAUGCUUACUAUUUGAGAAUUGCUUUUUA